GGUUUGCGGUGGGUUACAAAUACCCCAGCCACUUGACGACACGGGAUGCAAACCUAUUUAUAUUCUGUCCUUAAUUCCCGUGUUUCUCGUCCGUCUCCGCUCCUCCGCAACCCCUUCCCCUCCUCCGCCGAAGCCUCUCCUCCGGCCGCCGAAACCCUAGCCUCCGCCGCUGCCGUCAUGGCAAGCAGCAACGUCUCGACCGUUUACAUCUCUGUCAUUGAUGACGUCAUCUCCAAGGUCCGCGAGGAUUUCAUCACCUACGGAGUCGGUGACGCCGUCCUAAACGAGCUCCAGGCUCUCUGGGAGAUGAAAAUGCUACACUGUGGCGCGAUCUCGGGGAACAUAGACCGAACCAAGGCUGCUGCCGCGUCCGUCGGAGGCACCACCGGCACGACACCGCCCGUGCACGACCUGAACGUGCCGUACGAGGCCACAUCUGAGGAGUACGCCACCCCGACCGCUGACAUGUUGUUCCCGCCGACACCAUUGCAGACCCCAAUCCAGACUCCUCUGCCAGGGACAGACACAGCGAUGUACAACAUACCCACUGGCCCUUCCGAUUAUGCCCCCUCACCGAUCAGCGAUGUCAGGAAUGGGAUGGCAAUAAAUGGGGCAGACCCAACAGCUGGUCAUCCAAGUCCCUACAUGUUUUUGCAGCCACCACCUUCCCCUUGGAUGAAUCAGAGGCCGCUGGGUGUUGAUGUGAAUGUCGCUUAUGUGGAAGGCCGUGAAGAUCCUGACAGGGGCGUGCAGCCUCAGCCACUGACUCAGGAUUUUUUGAUGAUGUCUUCUGGGAAACGCAAGAGGGAUGAGUAUCCUGGUCAGCUCCCUUCUGGUUCUUUUGUACCACAACAAGAUGGAAGUGCUGAUCAGAUAGUAGAAUUUGUUGUGUCAAAGGAAAAUGCGAAUCAACUUUGGAGUUCCAUCGGCAAUAAGCUUGAAACACCAACCAAGACAAUCACUCCAGUUAUUCCGCAGCGUGAUGGGAUUCAAGAUAACUACAAUGAUCAAUUUUUCUUUCCAGGAGUUCCAACCGAAGAUUAUAAUACCCCUGGAGAAUCUGCGGAGUAUCGAGCUCCUACACCUGCUGUUGGAACACCAAAACAAAGAAAUGAUGCUGGAGAUGAUGAUAAUGAUGAUGAUGAUGAUGAACCUCCUCUUAAUGAAGACGACGACGAGGAGUUAGAUGACCUUGAGCAAGGGGAGGAUGAACCUAACACACAACAUCUUGUACUUGCACAAUUUGAUAAAGUGUCAAGGACCAAGAAUCGUUGGAAGUGCACCUUGAAGGAUGGAAUCAUGCAUUUGAAUGGCAGGGAUGUCCUUUUUAACAAGGCGACAGGUGAGUUUGAUUUUUGAUUUUUUGGAUGAAGAUGAGCUAUUUUAGAAGCAGCUGUAUGGACAUAUCUUUGUCUUGACAUAAGGACAGGGAGGUGACAGUGUUCUUGGUGGGGUCCUGGCAGCAUGACUGCGUCGUGUUUUCUUUCCUAUUGAAUCUUCGUUCCACCCUCUUGUUUGUCACCGCAACUGUUAUCGCUGUAAAGAAGUUACUGCUUGUGCUGUGUAGACAAUUUCUGAUAUGGGUCUCUCAAAUCCGCUGCGUAACUA